AUGCCCAGAGGCUUCACGACCGUUUUUGCCUCAUUCUUUGCCAAGCAACUAGCUGAACAGCCACCUGGGAACGCACGGGUGAUGCCGGCGUUUCGCAACGAUGACGGGCUGUUGUGCAACUCGCCCCCUCGCAGUGUCCACCCACUAUGGUGGACGAAACCAGGCUGUGCUGAAGGUAAACGGUCCAAGAGGAAGAGGCUCGGCUCGAAAGUGGUUCCUGGAGCUGCACUUUCCUGCAUUAUGAAAACUGUUGAGGAUCCGAACAAUGUUCUCAGCAAGAGAGGUAAAGAUCGUUUGCUUUCCAAAAUCCCUGUACUUUGUGCAGACACUUUCGUGCCUGAUGUGAUGUAUUCUUUGGAGAAGAGAAACCGAUGGAAGGAGGCUAAUCCUGCGAACCUUCUAAAUGGUGUCGACAGUGACGAGGUUUCGGCUCAAGUUGUCGAGGCGAAGACACCCUUUCCAGAGAAUUACUUCAAAGACAGAGCUGUUUUUGGAGUUUACGAACUCGACGGCGAUGGUGAGAUGGUCUCGAAAACUGCAGGAGGACAAGGCGCAAGUCUUUCGUCCCUUACAUACCCUCAACGUCAAAAGCAUCGACAAAGUCAUCGCAAUAAGCGCUGCAAUGUCUCGAAGGAGGACGAAAAAAGCGAAGCUGAAGAAGUCACCUCUGGAAAAGCCCAAAUACGGUAUUUGAUCAUGCACGAAAAACCAGGCUACUACGGUCGACAUGUUCGAGGAAAGGCCGAUCGUACUUUAUGGAAAACUAGUCGUGCCAGGCGCCUUUGCUUAAGCGACUCUGAGCUCACAAUCAGUGAAGUCGAGGAAAAUGAGCAGAUUGAUGGUGACGAUCAUGAACCGAAGAGAGAGAAAGGGUUGAAUCUUGGUGAUUUCGUGACGAAAACAGCAGUGAGACGUCGGAGAGGAGUGAAGGACUCGAAAUUCUCACAGAGCUUUGAGAUGAUAGAUCUUCCUGAGAGUGAUAAGCUGAAGCCGUUCGAUCUCGUAGAUAUUACUUCUGUUCCGAAAGGGUUCUUUGAGUUCCUUUAUAUUGACACGACCAGUUGGAAAGAUUUCAAUUUUAUUGAGCAGGUGGAGAACCUGAAAAGGAAGCGAUAUAAGGUACGUUGGUUGGACAGGAACCACCAGAGAGUUGCAAUCGAUGCUACAAACGCUGUCGAUAAAUCCGGCAGCUACGAUGGAGAACCGACUGUCUUUGUGAUAAUCGAGAGAUGUUUCAAAAACAACAAACUGGGACCCUUCUUGAAGAUUCAUCUCAACUCUUCUAUGUCACCAAAGAAAAACUUGGAUUGGCUGACGUUUAAAUAUUUGACCAAGGGUAACUGGUCUGAUAUUGAUAGUGCCGUUGAGGGAAUUGUCCGUUUUCCACAGAUACACAGAGAGUACUUCGAAGAGCGGCUGGACGAUACGCUGCAAGUGGCACACAGUAACGAGCACCUUCCAAUGUUCAAUCCCAAACAAUUUAUCGGCCAGACUCAUCGAAUCAGUCAUCUACAUAUGGAGAACAUGUUACGGGAACAGGUGGAUGCUGACUCGUUUGAAAAUCUCAGCAUGGAAGAAGUGAACGGCGACCCCCGAGGUGGAACUAACUUUCCGAGUAGCUGCUCAACCUUCGAUACACUACCUUCCAUCCCAUUGGGAGUGAAAUGUUGUGAUUGUGGCAACCACCGCAUCAAUUACCUGUACGAGAUGGACGAUUGUUGGAUGUGCAGGCAGUGUGUAAGACAGCUGGCUGUCUGUCAAAUUCGUGCUGGAUGUGUGCCAGUAAACCUCCCGUUCAUUGUCCCUUCUAAUACAACGUGCUAUGAUGUUUUGCCUUCUAUUCUUCCUCUGCCGUUAUUCAACUUCUAUACAAAGUAUGCUGCCAUAGAGCUCAUCAAACAGUCUAUGGGUAAUAUUGUGCUCGAUGAAUGUCCUGGGUGUAAACAAGCUGUCGAAAUCUUCAGACCGAAUGAGUACAACUGCGCCGAGUGUGAAUGUGGGAUCGUGUGGUGCACGGAAUGCAAGAAGGAACCCCACUGGCCUAUGAUCUGCGAAACGGCAGCUGAAUGGAGGACUCGAUGGAAAUGUCGAAAGUAUGCAGAGUGCGAAAACUGCCAAACUGCAUUCAAUCCACAAAACAUGUAUCAAGUUCCUUAUCGUGGUCAUCGAUACCGUUAUGGGAAAUUUCCUGUUGUCAAAGACUUCAUACUUCCCGAUAUCCAUGUUCCCCGUAUCAAAAAUGAGGUGGUAGAGAUUUGUGAAAAAGCUCGUGCUUCCCGUUUUGGAGUUGCACAUAUAAGUGAGUUGGAAAGAGCCUGCCGAAGCUCCGAGGACACUGGUCCCUAUGUAAGCGGUUGUCGUGAUAUAGUACUCACGAGGUCAGUAGGGCUCGGAUUCGUUGCUGUCCAAUCAAACCCGAAGUUUAAUUGCUUAAACGAAUCGUGA